UCUCUGAGUCGUACGUUCGUUCUCAUCCUCAGUCGCCUAUCCUAGGAAGUGAAAUCAAACCACUGCCCGAACGGCAAACCUGUGAACAUCACCGCCGUCGCCGCUCUUUUCCCGACAACGCUCCCCUUCGGACAUGAUAGCGAGCUCAAAUUUGUAGCUUCUUUGCCCGAGAGGAUCGAGAGGGAGAGAUUGAAGGGGGAAAGAGAGGGAUAUUGAGAGGUCGAGAGGUCGAGAGAGAGAUCGCCAUGGAUAACGCAUUCGUGCGCUCGCCGCAAGAGGUGCUGAAGCAUUUCAACGUUACCGAACAAACGGGCUAUGCACAAAGCGCUAUCGAAGGCGUGAGGCAGAAGUACGGCAAGAAUGCCAUCCCAGAAGACCCUCCCACGCCGUUGUGGGAGUUAAUCCUCGAGCAGUUCAAGGACCAACUGGUCAUCAUCCUGCUCGGGUCGGCUGCUGUAUCCUUCGUUCUCGCCUUGUUUGAGGAGGGAGAAGGCUGGACCGCAUUCGUCGACCCCGCCGUCAUCCUCACAAUCCUGAUCUUGAACGCAGUCGUCGGUGUGAGCCAAGAGAGCUCGGCUGAAAAGGCAAUCGCUGCGUUACAAGAAUACAGCGCCAACUCAGCCAAGGUCAUUCGUGAUGGCAAGAUUCAAACCAUCAAGGCAGAAGAGCUGGUACCGGGAGACGUCGUAGAUGUGGCUGUGGGAAACCAGAUCCCCGCCGACUGCAGGCUGCUCAGUAUCAACAGCAAUGCCUUCCGCGUGGACCAGAGUAUCUUGACCGGAGAGAGCGAGAGCGUGGGCAAAGUCACCGAAGCCAUCAGUGAUGCGCAGGCGGUCAAGCAGGAUCAGAUCAACAUGUUAUUCUCCGGAACGACGGUGGUGACGGGACAUGCGCAUGCCAUUGUGGUCCUGACUGGAACGAAUACUGCCAUUGGUGACAUUCAUGAGAGCAUCGCCUCCCAAAUCUCACAGCCUACCCCUCUAAAAGAGAAGCUCAAUGAAUUUGGCGAUACUCUGGCAAAGGUGAUCUCCGGCAUCUGUAUCUUGGUCUGGCUGAUCAACAUUCGACAUUUCAACGAUCCUUCCUUGGGCGGAUCUUGGACUAAGGGAGCCAUCUACUAUCUCAAGAUUGCCGUGUCGCUCGGUGUUGCCGCAAUCCCUGAAGGUCUGGCUGUAGUCAUUACUACUUGUCUCGCUCUGGGUACCAGGACCAUGGCUCGGAAGAAUGCGAUUGUGCGCAGCUUGCCUUCAGUAGAAACUCUCGGCAGCUGCAGUGUGAUUUGCUCGGACAAAACUGGCACGCUCACCACAAACAUGAUGAGCGUGAACAGGAUUGUCUAUAUCAAUGAGUCACAGUCUGGAUUGGAGGAACUCGAGGUGGAAGGCACAAGCUUUGCACCAGACGGUGUUGUCAAGCGUGGCGAAAAGACCAUUGAUGCACCAGCUGCGACAUCCAAGACCAUUGCACAGCUGACUGAGGUCGCGGCGAUUUGUAACGAUGCGGAGCUGGCAUAUGACAGCAAGACAGGCAACUUCAUGAACGUCGGUGAGCCUACCGAGGGAGCUCUGAGAACCCUUACAGAAAAGAUAGGAACUCCCGACCAGGCACACAACUCUCAAAAGAGAAGUCUGCAGCCGGAGCAGAGGACCGACCACGCGAGCAAGUACUACGCCAGCCAAGCACAAAAGCUGCGGACAUAUGAAUUCUCUCGCGAUCGCAAGAGCAUGUCUGUACUCGUGGGUGCCGGUAAGACGCAGCGACUGCUCGUCAAGGGAGCGCCAGAGUCUAUCAUCGAGCGCUGCACACACACUCUUGUGGGCGCUGAUGGCAAGCAAGUGCCGCUCAGCUCCAAGCACGCGUCGUUGUUGCAAAAGGAGAUUUUGGAUCUCGCCAACAAAGGUUUGCGUGUCAUUGGGUUCGCCAGCGUCAAUAAUAUCACGAAUCCUCUCACCAAGACUGCAAAGACUCCCAAGGAAUACGCACAGCUCGAACAAGGCAUGACCUUCCUAGGUCUCGUCGGUAUGCUUGAUCCACCUCGCCCUGAGGUGGCUGAGAGCAUCGCCAAGUGUCGCUCAGCGGGGAUCCGUGUCGUUGUCAUCACUGGCGACAACCAGAAUACCGCGGAGACCAUUUGCAGACAGAUUGGCGUGUUCGGCGCGCACGAGAACCUUAUCGGCAAGAGCUUUACUGGACGUCAAUUUGACGAGCUGAGCGAAUCGGACAAGUUGAAAGCUGCGCGGAACGCGUCGCUCUUCUCCCGUGUCGAGCCUGGACACAAGUCGAAACUGGUCGACCUCCUUCAGUCCGACAAUCAGGUGGUCGCCAUGACGGGUGAUGGAGUGAAUGAUGCACCUGCCUUGAAAAAGAGUGACAUUGGUGUCGCCAUGGGAUCUGGCACCGAUGUUGCCAAGCUCGCCGCCGACAUGGUCCUGGCCGACGACAACUUCGCGACGAUAGAGACGGCCGUGGAAGAAGGUCGCAGCAUUUACAACAACACCCAACAGUUCAUUCGAUACCUCAUCUCAUCGAACAUUGGUGAAGUGGUUUCCAUCUUCUUGACAGCAGCACUCGGCAUGCCGGAAGCACUCAUUCCCGUUCAACUUCUGUGGGUGAACCUGGUGACAGAUGGUCUUCCUGCGACAGCACUCAGCUUCAACCCGAAGGAUCACGAUGUGAUGAAGCGACCACCACGCAAGAGAGAUGAGCCACUGGUUUCUGGCUGGCUGUUCUUCCGCUACAUGGUGAUAGGAACUUAUGUGGGCAUCGCCACCGUGGGAGGUUACGCUUGGUGGUUUAUGUUCUAUGAAGGAGGCCCUCAAAUCUCCUUUUACCAACUGAGCCACUUCCACCGCUGCUCCACUGCCUUCCCUGAAAUCGGCUGCACCAUGUUCGCCGACUCCUCUGCCAAGACCGCCUCGACCAUCUCCCUCUCGAUUCUCGUCGUGAUCGAAAUGCUCAAUGCCAUGAACGCCCUCUCCUCAUCCGAGUCGCUCAUCACUCUCCCGGUGUGGAAGAACAUGAUCCUCAUCUACGCCAUCACGCUGUCCAUGCUCUUGCACUUUGCACUCCUGUACACACCAAUUUUGCAAGGCAUCUUUGGAAUUGUACCACUGGGUUGGGAGGAGUGGAAGAUUGUUCUGGCAUGGAGCGCACCGAUUGUCGUCAUUGAUGAGGUGCUCAAGGGCCUAGAGAGAGCAUUCUUCAUGGAGACAGCCGAUGCGCCGAACCGGUCGAACAAGAAGUUGGACUAGUUGGAUUCGUCGCGGUUUUGGUUAUUACAAUUCCACUUGACUUGAACAAUGUGGCUGAUGGAUAUAUUUGGUAUUCACCACCCUACAGAGAUAUAGAGUAGAGUCUUAGAAUUGGAAAGGAGAAUAGAAAAACAAGUUCUUGC